UGGCAAGUUAUUGCUGGCCACAGCCACCAAGAGACAUUUACCAGUGCCAAAAUUGGGUGCAAAACCCAAACAAUGAUAGGAGUCGUGGGAAAGCCACGAUUGCCAAGUUUGUAUACAACUUUGUACAUGUUCUGUAACUAACGUUAUUAAUACAAAUCACAUUCCACCAAAUAUACACACAUAUAUAUAUAUUGAUUUUUUCAAAUAGCCCUUCUAAAAAGUUCCAUACUUUAAUCUCUCCGUUUAUAACUCCGGUGAGAAUUGUAUAAAUCUUGAAGGGCGGCGCGGAGUCGUUGCAAUUGGUAUUAUAUGUUGGGUUUGAAAGUGGUGACGAUGAGUUGGCAGCGUUUCAUUGGCCGGUAGAGGAAUGUUUUUUAGUGGUUGACCAAAAAGUCGUCAGACGCGCAUUCCUCUCAACUUUUGUCGGAUUCGAUUUGCUCCGGCGGCAUUUUGCGGCGGUCAAACCGGUCACGAUAUCGUCGAAGCUGCCGGAGAAGAUGCCUCCGUCUCCGUCUAGCACCUACACAUCCAUCCCGCUUUCUCCCGCUGAUGUCAUCUCCCGAUCCAUCCACAAUCUCACCGCCGCCGUCUCGCGUCGCCGUCCCUGGUCGGAAUUCGCAGCUUCCGGCGAGUUCGGUCGACCAGAAUCCAUUACCUCCGUCUUCAUCCGUGCGAGAACGAACUUUCGUUACUUCUUUGUCAACUACUCGCUCGUCGUCGGCGCGUGCGCCGCACUCGCUCUCAUCGGCAGCCCCGUCGCGCUCCUCGUCGUCGGCGCGAUCGUCGCCUUCUGGCUUCUUUUCCACUAUUUCAGAGAAGAUCCACUGAUCCUCUGGGGCUUCCAGGUUGGCGAUCGCAUGGUGGUGGUUUUCCUAGCCCUAGCCUCUGUGUGGGCCGUCUGGUUCACGAGCUCCGCCGUGAGCUUGGCGGUGGGGGUCAGCGUCGGCUUGCUAUUGUGCGCCUUUCACGCCGCUUUCAGGAAAUCCGACGGACUCUUCCUCGACGAGGAUGAUGCCGUCGCUGGAGGCUUGAUCGGGUCUGACUGUGACCACCGGUCCCGAAAUCCAGAUGAACUUGGUUAAUCCAAGUAGAAAAUAGAACAUGUCCGUUGACCCAGUACUGUUUGCGAUACUGAGAUCUGUACCUGCUCGUUUGGUUGGUUGUCUCAAUGCAAUGAAUAUGCCAUCUGGAAAAUACACGGCUUAGAAGAGAAUCCGAUGUAUUAAAUGCGUUUUCUCAUGAGUCAUGUGCCCUUUAUACUAAUUAGAAGUCCGGAAGAUUGUGAAAGCUUGUGGCUUGUCUGUUUGUCAAUGAUGAUGAUAUUAGCACCUCUUUGUUCUUUUUUCCCUAAAAUAGUGUAAUGUGAUGCAAUAUGGGUAAA